UGUAGGGGGCAAUGUGUGAAUUGUCAAGAGAAGAAAUAAAGAAAAAGAAAAAAAGACUUGGAAGAAGUUGGAAAACCCUAAACCCUGCGGCCUCCCCACAUCUCUCAAUAUGAUACCCAAAGUUUAAUUUCUUCUCCAUUUUACAGAUCGCACAAACACCAAAUUGGACCAAAAAUGGCUUCUUUGUGUGCCUCAAGAGCAACCAUUUUCAAGCCGAAGAAGCUCCUCACAAUUUCGCCUACACCAUUAUGCCUAAGAUCAACAAUCUUCUUCUACAACUCCGAAUCUCUCAACAAUCAUGAUCGAAUUCCAAAAGGUAACAGUCCUAAACCCCAAGAAAAACUAGAAGAUCUCAUUUGCAGAAUGAUGUCUACUCGUGCCUGGACUACACGUCUACAGAAUUCCAUUAGAAAUAUUGUUCCUUCAUUCGAUCAUGAACUUGUUUACAAUGUGCUACACAGUGCGAAAAAUUCUGAACAUGCGUUGCAGUUCUUCAGGUGGGUUGAAAGAUCUGGUCUUUUUAGGCAUGAUAGAGAAACCCAUUUCAAGAUUAUUCAAAUUCUUGGUAGAGCUGAAAAGCUUAAUCAUGCUAGGUGUAUACUCCUUGAUAUGCCUAAUAAGGGUGUUGAUUGGGAUGAGGAUUUAUGGGUUUUGAUGAUUGAUAGUUAUGGUAAAGCUGGGAUUGUUCAAGAGAGUGUUAAGUUGUUUCAGAAAAUGGAAGAGUUAGGUGUUGAAAGGACUGUUAAAUCUUAUAAUGCUUUGUUUAAUGUGAUAACUCGUCGAGGACGAUAUAUGAUGGCCAAGAGGUACUUUAAUAAGAUGGUUAAUCAGGGUAUUGAACCGACUGGACAUACGUAUAAUCUUUUGAUUUGGGGAUUCUUUUUAUCGUCAAAGGUGGAUACUGCAAUUAGGUUUUUUGAGGAUAUGAAGAGUAAGGGGAUUAUGCCUGAUGUAGUAACUUAUAAUACUAUGAUUAAUGGAUAUAUUCGGGUGAAGAAAAUAGAAGAAGCGGAGAAGUACUUUGUGGAAAUGAAAGCAAGAAAUAUAGAGCCGACUGUCAUCAGUUAUACAACACUGAUUAAAGGAUAUAGUGCGGUUGAGCGAAUAGAUGAUGCAGUGAGAUUGUUUGAAGAGAUGAAGAGUUUCGGUAUUAAACCAAAUGCUAUUACUUAUUCGACACUGUUACCAGGGCUUUGUGAUGCUCAGAAAAUGUCUGAAGCUGGAGCGAUUUUGAAAGAGAUGGAAGAUAAGUAUAUUGCACCCAAGGAUAACUCUAUCUUCAUAAGGUUAAUCUCUGGACAGUGUGAGGCAGGUGAUUUAGAUGCUGCAGCUGAUGUUCUGAAAACUAUGAUCAGGUUAAGUGUUCCCACUGAGGCUGGACAUUAUGGUGUCCUAAUUGAGAAUUUCUGCAAGGCUGGUAUCUAUGAUCGAGCUGUCAAAUUUCUGGAUAAGCUUAUUGAGAAAGAAAUCGUCCUGCGACCACAGAGUAGUUCGUCUAUGGAACCAAGUGCAUAUAACCUGAUUAUUGACUACCUAUGCAAUAAUGGCCAGACAGGCAAGGCUGAAACUUUUUUUAGACAGUUGAUGAAAACUGGGGUUCAAGAUCCUAUUGCCUUUAACAAUCUUGUCUGUGGGCACUCAAGGGAAGGGGUUCCUGAUUCGGCCUUUGAACUGUUGAAGAUUAUGGGCAGAAGAAAGGUUCUUUCUGACGGUAUUGCUCACAAAUCACUUGUUGAGAGCUAUCUGAAGAAACGGGAGCCUGCUGAUGCUAAAGCUGCUCUGGACAAUAUGCUUGAACAUGGACAUGACCCGGACUCAUUGUUGUAUAGAUCAGUGAUGGAGAGCCUGAUGGGAGAUGGAAGGGUUCAAACAGCAAGUCGAGUGAUGAAAAUCAUGUUGGAGAAGGGAGUGAAAGAACACAUGGAUUUAAUUUCUACCAUCUUGGAAGCCCUCCUCAUGAGGGGCCAUGUUGAGGAGGCCCUCGGAAGAAUUGAAUUGUUGUUGCACAACAGUCUCUCACCUGAUCUUGAUGGUCUCUUGUCAGUUCUAUGUGAGAAAGGAAAGACUUCUGCUGCUCUGAAGCUGUUAGAUUUCAUUUUAGAAAGAAAUUGUAACAUAGACUUUUCAAGCUAUGAUAAGGUGCUGGAUUCUCUCUUAGCUGCUGGGAAGACACUUAAUGCCUAUUCUAUUUUGUGCAAGAUGAUGGAAAAUGGAGGAGUUAAAGAUCACAAGAGUUGUGAAGAGUUAAUUAAGAGCCUUAAUGAUGAGGGAAACACAAAGCAAGCAGAUAUUCUAAGAAGAAUGAUACUCGGAAAGGAAACAACACUUGACAGCAAGAAAGGGAAGAAAAAGACACCCAUUGCUACCUGAUUCCUGCAAUUUUGCUUCUGGUUACAGAUUUGACACCUACAUGAUCAUGGGCAGGUUCUCGCUAUAGCUAAAAGAAAAACGCUCAUCUGGCCCUGUCAUUAGCUUCAACAACUAGGGCUUGUGGGUGUCUAUUCUGUCGCGCUUGUCUACUCAUUUUUUUUUCCAGAACAUUGUGUUUACUGUAGUUUUCAUCCUUUAUUUUAUUUCAGUUAGUUAUGCUAACGCUGGAACAAUCCUGGAUGGUCCAAGGAAGAACUUUAUGAAUGCUGACAGGUGAUAUGCUCUCACUCAUCGAUGGUCCAGGUGGAUUAUGCAAAAAGAUAUUAUCAAUGGUUAUGUGUGGCUUAGUUAAAUCUGUCACUCUGGCUUGUAUAACAUGUUGAAGUAUGACAGAAUACUUGGAUCCUCAGCACCACCUGAAAGAGUAUCGAUGCGACUCUUCAUUUAUUUAUAAAUGAUAUGGAAAAAAGAAGAAAACAUAGUGUGGACACUUGUUUAUUUCAUCCAAAAAUAAAUCAUUCUGCAACUGCUUUUACCUAGCAAUGGCACUUUAAAGGUCGAAGCUAUUAUGUCUCAUACUAGGGUGGAUGGGAGAAUUCCCAUUGUCUUGAUGUGAUUUAUAGCUUGUUUGGCCAAGCUUCAGAAAUUAGUUUAUUUUGAAAAGUUCUUUUCAAAAGAUUACUUUUGGUGAG